ACCUCCAAGUCUUCACCAGAAACCAAAGCACUCCCACUUUUCCAUUUCCAAGUUCCGCAGAGAAAACCCAUAAAACUCACAGAGGGAGCUUUGAGCUACAAAAAUGGCGAGCAGUUUGCAGAUACCAAUCUGCACACCCACCUGUUCAUCCUCACGAAAGUCUCGAAAUUUCACAGCCUUCUGCUCCAUUAACGCCAAAGCAAAAGCCAAAAUCCCCAUCCCUCCUAUAAACCCUAGGGACCCCUUUCUCUCCAGGCUCGCCUCCGUGGCUCGCAAUUCGCCGGAAACCUUGCUCAACCGGCCGGCCAACAACUCCGACUCCCUUCCCUACUUGGAUAUAUUCGACGAGCCUAAGCUCAUGGCCACCCCAGCCCAAGUGGAAAGAUCAGUUUCUUACAAUGAGCACAGACCAAAGAAGCCGCCUCCAGAUUUGCCCUCAUUGCUACUCCAUGGAAGAAUAGUUUAUAUCGGCAUGCCUCUUGUACCAGCAGUCACAGAGCUUAUUGUUGCAGAACUGAUGUAUCUGCAAUGGAUGGAUCCUAAACAACCAAUCUAUAUUUAUAUUAAUUCAACUGGAACAACACGUGAUGAUGGUGAAACGGUUGGCAUGGAAUCGGAGGGUUUUGCCAUCUAUGAUGCGAUGAUGCAGUUGAAAAAUGAGAUACAUACGGUUGCUGUCGGGGCUGCUAUAGGUCAAGCUUGUCUGUUGCUUGCAGCAGGAACUAAGGGUUACCGGUUCAUGAUGCCACAUGCCAAAGCCAUGAUCCAGCAGCCUCGUGUCCCGUCAUCUGGACUGAUGCCUGCUAGUGAUGUUCUUAUUCGUGCAAAAGAGGUAAUAACAAAUAGGGACACUCUUGUAAAACUCCUGUCCAAGCACACAGGAAAUUCCGUGGAGGCUGUAUCUAAUCUUAUGAGAAGGCCAUAUUAUAUGGAUUCUACAACCGCUAAACAAUUCGGUGUGAUUGACAAGAUCCUGUGGCGUGGUCAAGAAAAGAUAAUGGCAGAUGUAGCCUCCCCUGAGGAUUGGGACAAGAAUGCUGGCAUCAAAGUUGCAGAUGAAAUUUAGUUUAUCUGAACAUGGAUGAAAUGUUGUCAUUAUAGGAAAUUAUUAGAAGCUAUUACAUGGUCAACCAAAUCAUUAAAGUGUCACAAUGAUCGGUGUAAAAGAACUCAGAAUUGAGACAGUGACCUGUUUACGAGCAAGGUUUGGACGAAAGAGACUGAAUAGUGUAGUGAUGCCAAAUUGAAUCGACUCUAGAGCAAUCUACAGGGCGCGCAAACACGCUUGAACUUGCAUAGUGACUUUUUUGAUGUAAAAUUUUCAGACAUAACUUAUCACUGAUCUUUUCUUUU